GCUGUCGCGCCCUCGCCAGAGGGAAGCAAAGCAGGGCAUGAAAAGUUGCGGGGGCCCUACUGCCCCGGGUGUGUCGCUCCUUCCCAAAGCUGGGGCACCCGGGAGCGAGCAGGGUGGUGGGGCGCCCCUGUGUCCCGUUUGCUGCUCCCUCGCAGGAUUAGGGCACCCGGGCCUGAGCGCUAGUGCUGCGGCAUCCCCGGGGCUCCUCCAAGAAAGGGAGGAGGCGCCGCGCUCGCCGUACAGUGGAGACGCGCCUUCCCGGCUCUGGUCCGCGCCCCGGGGCCGUAGCCUCCCUGGAGGGGCUGGGGAACUGAACGCUGGGCCGAGAGAGUUCCCGCUGCAGCUAUCGCGCAGUCCCUCCUGCGCCCGGGCGCCCCCAGCGGGUUCGGGGAGGCGCCCGGUGAGCCCACGUCUCUCGCGGAGGAGCGAGCGCGCUCCGGGCGGGCCGAGAGCCGGCGGGGCUGGCAGGAGGUGGGGAGUGCGGGAGUGGAGGACGCUGCGGCAGCGACACCGACAGCCCCAGGAGCAGUAGCGGCAGCCCGGGCGGCGGCUGAGCGGCAGUGCGCAGUCGGCAACGCCGCAGCUCCUCUCAGGCUAUCUCCGGCUGCCGCAACACCCCCUCCUCCUGGCGCCCUCUCCGGCGCGGAGGGGCUGACUGCUAAGCCACUGCAAGCAACUCCCUCAAAAAAAAAAAAAAAAGAAAAGAAAAAAGCCGCAUCGGUGGAGCCUGGCCGCAGGACCCCUCCUCCCCGGGCGCCCCCCACCCCUCGCCUCUCCCCCCGCCCUCCCUCACACCCCCCCGCCCCCCAGCUCCCAGGCGCCCGCCUCCCUCCUUCGCCGACUGUCUCCCGACACGCCGGCUGAGAGCCCUUUUUGACUGAGAGCUGCGGCAGCUGAGCAGAGGCGGCGGCGCGGGACCUGAAGUCGCCAGGGAUUCCCUCCAGGUGACGAUGCUCUGGUUCUCCGGCGUCGGGGCUGUGGCUGAGCGUUACUGCCGGCGCUCGCCUGGAAUUACCUGCUGCGUCUUGCUGCUACUCAAUUGCUCGGGGUUCCCCAUGUCUCUGGCUUCCUCCUUCUUGACAGGUUCUGUUGCAAAAUGUGAAAAUGAAGGGGAAGUCCUCCAGAUUCCAUUUAUCACGGACAACCCUUGCAUAAUGUGUGUCUGCUUGAACAAGGAAGUGACAUGUAAGAGAGAGAAGUGCCCCGUGCUGUCCCGAGACUGUGCCCUGGCCGUCAAGCAGAGGGGAGCCUGUUGUGAACAGUGCAAAGGUUGCACCUAUGAAGGAAAUACCUAUAACAGCUCCUUCAAAUGGCAGAGCCCAGCUGAGCCUUGUGUUCUACGCCAGUGCCAGGAGGGCGUUGUCACAGAGUCUGAGAUGCGCUGUGUUGUUCAUUGUAAAAACCCUUUGGAGCAUCUGGGAAUGUGCUGCCCCACAUGUCCAGGGUGUGUGUUUGAGGGUGUGCAGUAUCAAGAAGGGGAGGAAUUUCAGCCGGAAGGAAGCAAAUGUACCAAGUGUUCCUGCACUGGAGGCAGGACACAAUGUGUGAGAGAAGUCUGUCCCAUUCUCUCCUGUCCCCAGCACCUUAGUCACAUUCCCCCAGGACAGUGCUGCCCCAAAUGUUUGGGUCAGAGGAAAGUGUUUGACCUCCCUUUUGGGAGCUGCCUCUUUCGAAGUGAUGUUUAUGACAAUGGAUCCUCAUUUCUGUACGAUAACUGCACAGCUUGCACCUGCAGGGACUCUACUGUGGUUUGCAAGAAGAAGUGUUCCCACCCUGGUGUCUGUGACCAAGGCCAGGAGGGCUGUUGUGAAGAGUGCCUCCUACGAGUGCCCCCAGAAGACAUCAAAGUGUGCAAAUUUGGCAACAAGAUUUUCCGGGGCAAAAUUCUUAACAGAAAAGGAUGCUGUCCUAUUUGCACUGAAAAGCCCGGCGUUUGCACGGUGUUUGGAGAUCCCCACUACAACACUUUUGACGGUCGGACAUUUAACUUUCAGGGGACGUGUCAGUACGUUUUGACAAAAGACUGCUCCUCCCCUGCCUCGCCCUUCCAGGUGCUGGUGAAGAACGACGCCCGCCGGACACGCUCCUUCUCGUGGACCAAGUCGGUGGAGCUGGUGCUGGGCGAGAGCAGGGUCAGCCUGCAGCAGCACCUCACCGUGCGCUGGAACGGCUCGCGCAUCGCGCUCCCCUGCCGCGCGCCGCACUUCCACAUCGACCUGGAUGGCUACCUCUUGAAAGUGACCACCAAAGCAGGUUUGGAAAUAUCUUGGGAUGGAGACAGUUUUGUAGAAGUCAUGGCUGCCCCGCAUCUCAAGGGCAAGCUCUGUGGUCUUUGUGGCAACUACAAUGGACAUAAACGUGAUGACUUAUUUGGUGGAGAUGGAAACUUCAAGUUUGAUGUGGAUGACUUUGCUGAGUCUUGGAGGGUGGAGUCCAAUGAGUUCUGCAACAGACCUCAGAGAAAGCCAGUGCCUGAACUGUGUCAAGGGACAGUCAAGGUAAAGCUCCGGGCCCAUCGAGAAUGCCAGAAGCUCAAAUCCUGGGAGUUUCAGACCUGCCACUCGACUGUGGACUAUGCCACUUUCUACCGGUCCUGUGUGACAGACAUGUGUGAAUGUCCAGUCCAUAAAAACUGUUACUGCGAGUCAUUUUUGGCAUAUACCCGGGCCUGCCAGAGAGAAGGCAUCAAAGUCCACUGGGAGCCUCAGCAGAACUGUGCAGCCACCCAAUGUAAGCAUGGUGCUGUGUACGAUACCUGUGGCCCGGGAUGUAUCAAGACCUGUGACAACUGGAAUGAAAUUGGUCCGUGCAACAAGCCGUGCGUUGCCGGGUGCCACUGUCCAGCAAACUUGGUCCUUCACAAGGGAAGGUGCAUCAAGCCAGUCCUUUGUCCCCAGCGGUGACCUUUGUUUCGAUACUUAAGACUUUGAAAUCUGGUGACUUUGACAGUGAAGCGGAAGAGCCAAUGAAGGACUGCAGUAUUUGUGUGCCUGAUUCUGUAAACACACACACAGAGUAUAUAUGUGUAUAUAUAUAGAUAUAUUCAAAAACAUUUCAUCAUUUAUAUAAACUAUAGGGGGAUUAUUAUAUGUAUAUUUUUUGCUAUAAGACAUGUAUUGUUUCUAGGAUCCUAACCUGUAAGCCAUUGAACAUGUUGUAUAAAUACACCAGGUGUUUUUAAUUUAAUAAAGUGGCAUGCAGAUACAUUGGAUAGUGUUAACAUCCCAUACAUUUGUCAUUUUUAAGGAAGUUUUCUAAGAACCCUCAAUUGCUUGCCUGUAUUAAUUUUAGUUUUGAGUCAGGAUUUGUAAUGGACUGGGAAAUGUGUUUCUCCGGAGAAGGGCACAUUUAUCUAGGGGCAUUUCAGGUUUCCAAAGAAAGGAAUGUAUGCCUGGGAAAGACAGCAGGAGAUUGGUGACCGGCCCUAAUGGUGCAUGAAAAGCGAGCGAUAGGCUGUUAGAAUGUAUUAGGUCAUGGGCUGAUAUUAUUUCCAAAAUUGAUUGGCUUGUUGCCAACAAAUAUAUAUUUGUCACUAGGGCAUAACCAAAGAAUCAAGUGAUUUCUUGCCAUCCUUGCGUAGUCCGCAAGUCUUCUAAUCAUCUAUGUGUAUAUGAUGGAUGUGACCAUUUAUAUGUCAUGUGUUGAGAUUAAAGGGUAUCUGGAUGACAUGUUAAUUUUAUUGAGCAUGAGAAAGUAUUUGAAGAAACUCUUGCACAGCGUAUGAUGAAAUUUUGAUUUCUCUGAAUCUCAGAGUAAUUUCAGAUGGGCAAAUCCAAUGAGUUGAUGUACCCCAUCUACAUUUUGUGCCUGUUUCAUCUAUAGAAUGAAAGGCUUUAGUUAUUUCUAGAGGAGUCCCACCCAACACUAUUUGGCGACUGUUAAUAUGUUAUAAUUAUUAGACAGUGGAAAAGCCUUUAUUGACUAAUUGAUUUAACCUCAGUCCAAAGAACAGUCUCUAUACUUGCUCUCAUUUACUGAUAGGCUGCUACUAGUUACUAUUUGAUUGUCUUGACUUUCAUCUUCAGCUGAAUUGGUGAAAACAUCAACAAAAACAAAACCCACUGUGUCUUAAAAUAAAAUGUUCUGCAUUGUAGUCAAUAAAGGGCUUAAGAUGUAAAACAAUGCA